GGGCGUCCGCGCCUGCACGCCGCAGCCCGCCCCCGGCACCUCCCCAGAGCCCGGUCCCGAGCCAGCCCGCGGCCCGAUGGCAGCGGCGGCGGCAGCCGCGGCGGCUAAGCCGCCGGAGCUGAUGGGCAUCUGCUCCAGCUACCAGGCGGUCAUGCCUCACUUCGUGUGCCUGGCCGACGAAUUCCCGCAGCCCGCGCGGCCCACGAAGCUGCCCCGGGGCAAGGGCAAGCUGCGGCGGCCCCGCCAGUCGCGCUUCAAGACCCAGCCGGUGACGUUCGACGAGAUCCAGGAGGUGGAAGAAGAGGGGGUGUCGCCCAUGGAGGAGGAGAAGGCCAAGAAGUCCUUCCUGCAGUCGCUCGAGUGCCUGCGCCGGAGCACCCAGAACCUCAGCCUGCCGCGGGAGCAGCUCGGCAGCUGCAAGAUGCGGAACAGCCUGGACUCCAGCGACUCGGAUUCGGCUCUAUGAGACGGCCCCUCCCGCUAUUCCACUCCCCAGCGGCGGCGGCGGGCCGGCCGGCUGGCCGAGGACUUGACUUGGCCCCAGCCCUGGGGGGGCCGAGCCCCUGGUCUCUGCUCCUGCACUGGCCAAGCUGCGAACUCGUUGCCCUCCUCCGGGCGCUUAUCCCGUGCGGGGACCUGGAGCCAGGCGGGGCAGCUGCCGGGGCUAGGCAGUCCAGGGGGCCAAGGGAAGGGCUCCUCCUCCCCCUCCCCCGUUUUCUUCUUUUCUUUUACUCUGCCUAGUACAAACCCUGCUGUGAACGUGCCUGGUUCUAGGAGCAGAGAGAGAGAGAGAGAGAGAGAGAGAGAGAGAGAGAGAGAGAGAGAUUGGGACAUUUUCUAGGAAAGUCGCUAUGUAUUUGUCUUUGAUUGGAGGGAGCUCCGGUUUCCAUCUAUCCCACCCCCCUUUCCUGGCUCCCCAGUACUUUUCUACCAGCCCAUCGCCACAGAUGGAAUUUGGGCUACCGCGAAGCUUCCGGAGUCUAUUUAUUUUUGCAUUUCAAUCGUAAACUGCAUUUAUUUAAUACUCUUUCUACCUGGAUGUGUCUGUGAGGUUUCCAGAACAGAGAAAUAAAACCAUAUAUUUGCACAGUG